UCUCCUGCCAGCUUUUCCUUUUUCUCAUUCUUCUCUCUCUCUCUCCAAAGUCCAUACUUUUUGAUUUGUGGAAUUACUCUUGUUCCUACCUGGUUCAGCACACCCUCCUCAAUCUCCUCCUCUUGUUCUUUCUCUUUUUGUUUUUUCAUUAUAAUAAAAAAGAUUCAGUUUUGUGUGUUGUUGCUGGUACCCAUUAGCAUUUUCUGUUCUGGGUCAAUGCGCUCAUCUUCUUUGCAAAUUAGGGCUUCAAUCCGUGCUCUGGAGUGAUCGAUUUUGGGUAUUUGUAGGAAAGUAAUGUAGCUAGAGAGGGUUGUGUUUGUUCUGAAUAAGAAAAGAUUUCAGCUUCAUUGUGGAGGGUGUUAGAAAUUUUGUAAAUUUUGCACCUUUUUUAUUUGCCCCUGAUUGUGGAUUUGUUCCAUAUUCCCCUUUCACGGCUAAUCGGACGAAUAGAUUGAAAAAUUUCGCUGGAUUUGAGUGGAUUCUUCGAUAGAGCUGGGAAAUUUUGACCUGGUGGACCUCUUUGUGCACAGAAUUUGGGAACAAAUCUGAGCCGGAAAGGCUUGCUGUAGUUACUGGGUGUGGGUGUUUUGAAGGUCUUUUAUGAUGGAUCAUGUUAUUGCUGGGAAGUUUAAACUGGGAAGGAAGAUUGGAAGUGGGUCUUUUGGGGAGCUUUAUAUAGCUGUUAAUAUACAAACUGGAGAGGAGGUAGCUGUCAAGCUGGAACCUGUGAAGACCAAGCAUCCCCAGCUUCACUAUGAGUCAAAAUUGUAUAUGCUUCUUCAAGGAGGAACGGGGAUUCCCCAUCUCAAGUGGUUUGGAGUAGAGGGAGACUACAAUAUCAUGGCAAUCGAUCUUCUUGGACCUAGUCUAGAAGAUUUGUUCAAUUAUUGCAACCGGAAGCUAACAUUGAAAACAGUGUUAAUGCUUGCUGAUCAAUUAAUUAACAGAGUUGAAUAUAUGCAUUCUAGAGGUUUCCUUCACCGUGACAUUAAGCCAGACAAUUUUUUGAUGGGCCUGGGACGUAAAGCAAACCAGGUGUACAUCAUUGACUAUGGCCUUGCAAAAAAGUAUAGGGAUCUUCAGACUCAUAGGCACAUACCAUACAGGGAAAACAAGAACCUUACAGGCACAGCUCGGUAUGCAAGUGUCAACACUCAUCUUGGAAUUGAACAAAGCAGAAGGGAUGAUCUGGAAUCUCUUGGUUAUGUGCUCAUGUACUUCUUAAGAGGAAGUCUUCCUUGGCAGGGACUGAAGGCUGGCACCAAAAAACAAAAAUAUGAUAAAAUCAGCGAGAAGAAAAUGUCAACUCCUAUAGAGGUUCUCUGCAAAUCAUAUCCCUCGGAGUUUGUAUCAUAUUUCCAUUACUGCCGAUCAUUGCGGUUUGAGGACAAACCUGAUUAUUCAUAUUUAAAGAGGCUCUUUCGAGAUUUAUUUAUUCGAGAAGGCUAUCAAUUUGACUAUGUUUUUGAUUGGACUAUAUUGAAGUAUCCACAGAUUGGUGGCAGCUCUAGAGGGCGGCACGACAGUGGCAAGGCAGCCAUGCAUGCCGGACCAUCUGUACAAAAGCCAGAAAAGAUAUCAGUUGGGAAAGAGAUUCGAGAAAAAUUCUCUGGUGCUGUUGAUGUUUUCUCCCGGAGGAACCCAACAAAUUCUAGUCCACGCGGUGAUCACUCCAAACAUAGGGGUUUUGAGGAAGUAGCAGUACACAAGGAUGGGUAUCAUGAUCAAGAGAAGGGACGCAAUUCAUCUCGAUAUGGCAGCAGCUCAAGGAGAGCCAUAAUCUCAUCGUCUACCCGGCCAAGUUCCUCCGGCGAUCAUACUGACAGUCGUACUGGCCGGCUAACCUCAAGUGGUAGCCGUCCAGCUACUGCACAUAAAAAUAUUCAACCUAUGUAUGAAACCAAACAGCCCUCUUACACGCGCACUGGAUCCAGCAGAGGCAACCGCGAUGAUCCUCUCCGGAGUUUUGAGCUCCUCUCUAUCAGGAAGUAACUAGAAUAUCCAGUUUCAAUUUGCCACAAAGACAUUUUCUAAAUUUUAGUGCACCUGUUUAUCCGAGAACCAUUGAUCUCAAGCAUUAUGGAAUCAUGUUCAUGUAUAUUAUUGAAUUGCCAUGAGCCAUGAGGUCAUAAUCAACUUCACUUGCUGUUACAUUUUGUGGACCAAGGUGGACUAUUUUCUGCCCCCUAGAUAUGCCUUCUGAAGAAGGUUUCUCGGAUGUUGUAUCAUGUUCCUAAACAUGCUCCUGAGAACUCAACCAGGGUCCUUUUUCUUUUUAUUAGAAAAACUUGUUUUCUUUUCCAUAAAUCAAAAUAGAUGAAAGUAGAGUUGUAGUUUAUGAUAAACUUGUUAUGGUUUCUUUGCAAUGAGACCCGACACUACCACUAUGUUUCCCUUGUUAUGAGAGUGGAAUUAUUAAUGUUAGAAAUUGGUCUCAAGCUACAAUAGCGGUUUGAGAUCUUUCAUUAUUCAUUUCU